UUCGCAGAGCGCGCUCGCUUCGGUGUUUGCAAGGGGCGCGGCGGAGUGAAUCCGGAGCCAAGCGGAGGCGGCGAUGCGGUGGUCCAAGGGGAGUUUGGAGCCGAAGAUACAUGCUGUCUUUGUUGGUGACUUUAGGAUGCUCUAGCAAAAGAAAAUGGCCCAGCCCACUCACCUGAACCGGAAUCUUCCAGGUGAUGAGAAAUAUGCAGAUUUGGGUGGCCCGUUCUUGUACCGCAACCAGGAUCAGGAUGGAGAGAAGGCCUCCUACUCCUUGGAGACCCCCUAUGGCUUCCUUUUGGAUUUGGAUUUCUUGAAGUAUGUAGAUGAUAUUGAGAGUGGCCAAACCCUCCGGAAGCUUCCACUGAAUCGGAAAGCCAAGGGGCCAAAGCAGGCCCUGGGCUCUUCCCGUAGCCAAACUGGUGGCUGGACAUCCACUGAGUCUCUGUCCUCUACAACCAGCGAGGAUGGGAAGCCCACAUUCUCCCCACGGCCCAGGAUAUGGGGCAGUUCAUCAGAGGCUGCAAGCAAACAGGCCUCUGUCCCCAUGUCCCCACCACCAGUCAUCCAUCUUCUCCCGCCUCCAUCUCCCAAAGCCCUCAUGAGAAACACACGGGUGGAGAAAACUUUGCUGGAGACAAGCAAGCGUUUGGAACGGGAGCAGCUUGGUUUGUUUGAUGGGGGAGCUGUCGUGACCACCAAGGCCCCUGAGAGCCCAUUGUCCCCGUUGUUUCCUCAAAACUCUCCCUCCUCCGUCCCGCUGACAGGGGAGAGCCAAACUGACCUCAGCCUGCCUCUAACAGGACCUGUAAAAAUGAGUCCCUCCAAUUCAGGAAGGAGCACUCCAGCCACAGCGGUCACCCCUGCACAUCUCUAUCAUGUCCGUGAUCAGAUGGCGGCUGCCCUCAAGCACCUGAAGGAGCUAGAAGAGCAAGUGAAGACUAUCCCAGUUCUGGAAAUGAAGAUCUGCCGGUUGAAGAAGGAGAAAGAGCAGCUAGUGGCUGGCUUGUUGGAAAAAUCUCAGGCAGGUGAAGCUUUUACCUUUGAUUUUCCUCCAAAAUCUCCCAGCAUGGAGGCCACCAAUGAGACCCUGAAGGAUAGCCCCGAAGCCACAGAUAACGAGCCUUCAAAAGUGAGACCGAGUAAAAUUGCUGAGUUGAAGAAACUGACAGAAAAAUUGUCCGCUUCGGAGAAGACUACAAAAAUGAACAAAGGAGCCGGACAUUUUUCAAGAGCCGAAGAGCACACUCACAAAUCUGUUGGUGUCGGUGAGGAGAUCGACAUGGAUGAGGCAGUUUUCUACUACCGGUGCCACAGACCAUGCCGGGAGGUGGCUGUUGGGUGGGAGACAGAGAUGAAAGAUGCUGCGGUGUGGGUCAUGGAGUCCUUGCUUGGGGUGUCGGCCGAGGCAGAGCAGGAAAUUGGGCUCCUUCAACAGACGGUUCAGCAUCAGCGUGAGGUCAUCUCUAUGCUAGAGGGACACCUGAAAGAGGCUACGGAGGAGCUGGAGGAGUUGAGAGUUGAGGUUUGUUUAAGGAUGCCCAAAAGCCAGAUCUGCAAAGAAACCAUGGCCCAACCAGAGACUGUGGAAGCAUCUACGGAGGCAGUUCCCACCACCCGAUGCCAGGCAGUGGGUGGCCACGUAGAAAUGGUGGACAAGGGCAUUCUCUGCUCUCCUCAGGUGGCUUGUGUUGGCGUUGGCUGUGAUUUACAGCAACGAGACAUUGUGUCUGUCAAAAGUGGGAGUAAAGCCACACGGAUGGAUCUGGAGGGUGAAAGCAAAGUCCAGGAGCAGAACGAUAACUCCGCUGUGGCGGAACCGGAUGGAAAGGGAGAUGAACCUAUACCAGAAGAGACAGAAGUCAGCAAUCGAGCAGUCACUGAGGGGUGUGAACUGCCUUCCCUGGAGACAAAGAUUGUGGGUGCGGAUCUGGAAUUACAUUUUCAGUUCUCUGCGAUGGAAGAGGAGAACGUGCAGAGGGAGUCUGACAAGAGUUCCUUAGGAAGAGCAGAAACGGGAGCCCUCAAAUCGAUCAUGAAGAAGCGAGAUGGUGUCUCCAAGGUGGAAGCAGGAAGUGGCAGGAAGAGUCUGCAGUUUGUGGGGGUACUGAAUGGCGAGUAUGAGAGCACAUCUAGUGAGGAAGAGGAGGAGGACCAGUCCCCCGAUAAGAGCUCCCCCCUCAGUUCCGACAGUGAUGCAGCCGGCAGCACUGACACUUCCGACGAGGAGGUCCUAGGAAACCUUGAGGACAGCGACCCAGAGAGUCCACUUCCGGUGGUGGACGCACGGGACAAGAUCCAGCAAUGUUGUGAUCAGGAGAAAGCAGAAGAGGAGAAUGCCGCCUUGGAAGUGAAAGAGAAAUUUGAGCUGAGUCCCCGGAUGAGAGAGGCCUGCCUGGUGGUAAGGAGCAGUCUUGGCCACAAGGGAGGUGGAGCAAAGACCAGAGAGGUGGUGACCAGCACCAGCCUCAUCCUGCAGGAGUGGUUUCGUGUGUCCAGCCAAAAAUCCUCUCUGGCCAGCCAGGUGGCUGAGCACCUGCUGGCCUUUGCCGAAAUCUCACCAGCAAUUCUGGCCCACAUCGUCAACCUGUCGGACGGGAACGGGAACACUGCUCUGCACUACAGUGUUUCCCAUUCCAACUUCGACAUUGUCCAACUUCUGCUCAACACAGGCGUCUGCAACGUCAACUAUCAGAACAAAGCUGGCUACACAGCCCUGAUGUUGGCUGCCUUGGCAGCUGUGGAGCAGGAAGAAGACAUGGCCGUUGUCCGGCAACUGUUUGCUAUGGGCAACGUUAAUGCCAAAGCGAGCCAAGCAGGCCAGACUGCUCUUAUGCUCGCGGUGAGCCAUGGCAGGCAGGAGAUGGUGGAAGCCCUGCUGGCUUGUGGAGCAGACAUCAACCUCCAAGAUGAGGAAGGCUCCACAGCCCUCAUGUGUGCUUGUGAACAUGGGCGGGCAGGCACAGUGCGGCUUCUCUUGUCUCAGGCAACCUGUGAUGUGUCCAUUGUUGAUAAUGAUGGCAACGACGCAGUUUCCAUUGCGCUGGAGGCCGGACAUCGCGACAUAGCAGCACUGAUAUCCACUCACCUCACACAGUCAGCAGUCCUGUCACCGGAUCAGAAUGGAAAGAGCCCGAGGAGACAAGUCUAGAACCUGAAUUGCACUGGGGGGCCCAAUCCACUGCCCAGCAAGUAGUUUUACAGAACAGCCCCUCCUCUCAUCCUGCACAAGGGUGGGGGUGGUUUGCAGCAGGCUCUCUCUUACUACUCAAGGGACCAGGUUUAAUGCUGGCAUCUCAAGUUUGUUCCUUCCAUGGGAGGUGGACACAAGUAUGGUAAUUAGAAUCCAUGACCAAAUGUGUUCCUGAUUUCCAAAGAGCGUUAAAAUUUAAGAUUGUUUCUUCCACCAGCAACUUAGUUUUCACUAAGGAGUGGUGAUGUCAGUCUUGCAACUGGACUUUGCCAACUUGUUGCAUACAGAAGAUUCCAGAGGGAGUGCCAUGUUAGUCUGUUGCAGAAAAAAUAAGCAGGUGCCUCAACUUUUAUUCAAGCGUCCACUGAAGUGGGCUCUAGUCCACAAAAGCUUACUUUGAAAUAAGAUUUUAUUACCUUUCAAGGUGUCUCAGAAUUUUUUUCCCCACACAAGUAAGUGCGAUUUCUUAAAGUUAACAUGUUGAGCUUCUCCCAGACAGCAGUGAAUUCAUUCGCCACCUCAAUGAGAACUAGAUACAUGUCCCUACUACUAUGAAAACAGGGCUCUGUCAUUCAGAUAGCUUUCAGCUCUUUCUCACAUGGGGAGUGGGGUCACUCAUUCCCUUCCCUUUUUGCUUCUACCACUAGCAGCAUUCUUGCCUCAGGGAAGGGAACUCCCCUCAGAAGUGAAGGACUCGCCCACAGCUAGUUUACUGCAACGUGUGGUUUUUUAAUAAAACACCCUGGAGGAAUCCCGCUUGGGAUUUUUGUGCACAACACUUGUUUUGUUUUAAUGUAGGUAUUAAAAUGUUAUCUUGCCAAAAUAAAGCCAAUAAAUAAGA